CGUAUCCAACCUUGCAUUGUCUCCACGUAUCUCUGCUCAUGCAAAAGCAGCUUUACAAGCGGUUGGGUCAUACUAACCCUAAACACAAAUUUACUCUCAUCAUCGCUUCCUCUCAAUCUCUCUCACCGCCUGAAAUGGAGGACAAAGAACCUCAAGCACAAGCAAACCAUGCUGUACCAAAACCAGCAGACUCUCUCACUACCUUACUAUCUCUUCAAGCUGAUAUCCUUUACAACUGUUUCAUCGCUCUUUCUUCCCCUUUCUUCACCUUCUCAUCCGCAGCCUUAGACUCCUACCACCGUGCCGAAGAUACGGCGGCCAGCGUCGAGACGGCUGUUCAGAGGCUCCCUUCCAACAUCACCCACGGUAGCUCCGUCUUGCUCAAGAGAGUUGGGUUGGGACUUCUUGGAGCUGCUAAGGUGUGCAUGCUGUUGGUCUUUUUGAUGGUCUUGGCUGCUUUGGUAGGGAUCGGUUUGGUGCAAAUUUGGGUGGAGGAGCCGGUUUUCCUUCGACAGAAAUUGUUCUUCGACUACACCCAGGUGAACCCUACGGCGGUGUUUCGUUCCGGCGGCGGUGGAUUCGAUGAUGGCAGCAAUUAUAGGAAGAAGCAGAUGACUGUUCCAAUUGGUCAUACCAUUCAUGUUCAUUUGGUCCUUUUGAUGCCUGAAUCUGAUUUCAACAUAAAUAUUGGAGUCUUUCAGUUGAGUGCAGAAUUGCUAUCAAUUAAUGGAGAUAUAAUGGCCAAGUCUAGCCAGCCGGUGAUGUUGCGGUUUACAAGUCUACCGGUUCGACUUGCGCGCACAUUUCUGAUGGGUAUACCUUUCUUACUCGGAAUUUCAAAUGAGGCACAAAAGGUGAAGACCGAGAUACUGAGAUAUAAAGAAGGGUAUCCCAGAAGUGAAGCCAUUAGGGUCACUUUAUCACCAAGGGCCGGGACUUUGUCGCUUCCACAGUUGUACGAAGCUGAAAUCAUCAUGAACUCACAGUUGCCUUGGCCUAAACAGUUGGUCCACAAUUGGAAGUGGACGCUGUAUGCAUGGACAUCGCUCUACGUCUACACGUUGUUCCUCAUAGUCCUCGUUGGCUGUUGCUUUAGACCGCUAUUCUUUCCAUUUAUCACAUCAGGUUUCGGUAACGGACAUGAAAGGGACACAAGGCUUCGGGUAGAGGAAGCGAGAGAACCAGCAAUCGGUGGCAGAAGCGACCAGAGCGAGGUGUCUGAUAUAAUAAGAAAAUGGCAGCAGAGCAGACGCAAGCGGAAGGCCGACUUUCUGAACAUAGGUCUAUCGGAUGUUGCUGGCUCAUCGGCAUCAAGCAUGAGCCUAACAAGGGAUGAUAAGAGCGCGGUGAUUGAAGAGGAUGUGGGAGAUUCAGAGUCGGUAUGUUUAGGAGGUUGAGGGAAAUAUUUUUCUUAAAAAAUGCAUGUAUGUUU